GCAACGAGUCUGUGCUGACCGCGAAGUGGAGUGCGGUCGUUAGGCGCUGGCCACGCAUACGUGCGCGGCAACUUGUUGCAGACCCUUGGGCGGCCACGAUGCGCGAGCCUGGCCUGGCGUUAGAAGUGAAACCGGCCAGUGGCGUGCUGUCCGGACUGUCCCGCAUGGAACUUACUGUCCGGGUAUACGCCGACUGCUGGGGACUGUACCGGGAUCAGGUUAUAAUACAGAUUGAACAUUUGGAGCCUAUUAUAAUAGAUGUGUGGGUGGAAGCAGUUGGAGCACCGCUGCAUUUCUCCAUCAAGCAGCCAGACGACGAAUCACCCACUCUAUGGAUGUCUGCAUCGGAUGCACAUCGUACCGUGCGUGCACGCAACACAUCGAGAUCACGUCUCGAUGUGCACGCGUAUAUUAUACGCGAACAUGAACAUUUACAAGAGCAGCUUCCAUUCCGUCUUUACUUACGUUUCUUCGAUGUGCCUUCACGCGUGGAGCCACAAGUAUGUACAAUAGAACCGAAUACUGUCAACUCAUGGAAUGUGACAUUGGUACCAUCAGACCAUGGGAUGCUAGCGUCUAACACCACACUACUGCUACGCUGUGUGCCCCUAGACAACUUUGGGAAGGAUUGGUAUCGCCCUGAUCCAAAACCGCAGCUGGUACACCUCAAGCAGGCAGCUCGCGAUGGCCACCUUCGACUUCCAUGUCGGGAAGUUAGCGUGAAACUUUGUGCUCUCGACUUACCCUUCAGUGAUGUUAUGAGAGUUAGAAAAAGCUUUCAAGUACAGAACAUUGGCAGUGGUCCUCUGUACGUGACGGCGAAGACAGAAGCACCUUGGAGUAUAGUGCAGGAGGAAAACGAUGAUCAUGCUAGACUAUGUGGCACUAACUGCGGAUGUCACCCACGUAUGGGAAAUCGACUUGUUAAUUUACCUCUCCAUCUGGAACCCAGAAGUUCAUUGGAGAAAAAUUCCAAGGAUGUCUUCUUAGAUUUAAACAUGAAAGCCCCGGGCGCACGCUAA